AUUAACCAUCUUUAACCGACCACCACGCCUUUAUUGCAGCUGUGAUAUUCGGUGACCUGGACGUGGACCCGCAAGCAGUAUUCCCAAGCCUAAUGAGCAAGAUGGCAGCGUGUAUUUUCUGCAAGAUCAUCAAAGGGGACAUCCCGGCGUUCAAACUCUUCGAGUCGGAGAAAGUUCUUGCGUUUCUUGAUAUUCAGCCUCUGAGUCGAGGGCAUGCUCUCGUGAUCCCCAAACACCACGGCGUCAAAUUGACCGAUAUCCCUGACGACUCACUCGUCGAGAUCCUGUCGGUGGCUAAGAAGAUCGCAAAGGCGUCGGGCGCAGAGAACUACAAUAUCCUCCAGAACAAUGGCCGUCUAGCACACCAGGAGGUCGACCAUGUCCAUUUCCAUUUCAUCCCCAAACCUAAUCAGACAGAGGGUCUAGGAGUGGGUUGGCCUGCGGGAAAGACAGAUAUGGAUGCCCUGAAGAAACUACACGAGGAAUUAAAGGCAAAGUUCUGAAGAGCAUCGGAGAUGUGGAGAGAAAUAAGAGGGAGGGGUUAGAAGGGGGAUGUAUAUGCGCAAGACAUGCCCGGUGGUGUAUCCAGGUUCACGCAGUCACAAUCAGUUUAGUGGCGG